AUCAUUUCAUAAUGUAAAUUAUAUUUUUUAAGGACAUUGAUGAAACAGUAAUGGAGAGACUAUGGGGUCUCACAGAGAUGUUUCCCCAAUGUGUUCGAAAUGGUACUUGGACCGUAACAACUGGGGCUCUCUCAACUGCAAAGGUUUUGUACAGUUUUAGUCGUUCAGCAUUAUGGAUAUUUUUUUCUUCUUCAGCCAUAUUAUUUGCUCCUGUAAUAUUUGAAAUGGAACGAAUGCAGUUACAAGAAGAUCAAAGACAACAACAAAGACAGAUAUUAUUAGGACCUAGUGCUGCAGUAUCCACCACUCCACAUUCUGGAAUAGGUAUGCCAAUGCCUGUGCAUCCUCCAACAUCUAUAGGUGCACCUCCACCUCAAUGAUGUUGUAAUAUAGUAAAACCUUUCUGAAGACUGGAUUAGUAUAUUGCUCCAGAAAUAGCAUAGGGAUGUGUGUAAUAUCAUGAGAAAUUGUUCUAUUAUAGUAAAUAUUUGUUUCAAAAAUUAAGUUGCCACAUCCAGCAUCAUAUAAUUUGUAAAGAACUGAGAUUGUAAAAGACAGUAGUGCAUUUUCAGUAGUAUGAUAGUUAUCUGAUGAUAGAAACAUGAUUUGAAUUGUUCAUAAUUUAUUUAGUGCACAUUGUUCAUUACACUUAUUCUCAGUUGAUAUUGAUACAAAUUCAUCUAUUAUAAAAUAAACAUAUUGGGAUAAAUUUGCUUACAUCAUUGUUUAAUACCUAUAAAUUUGACUAUUCAUUUCAUUAUAAUAAUUUAUAUAAUGAAUGAACUAAUUGUUAAUUUAUAGGAAAUUUUAAUAUGAUUUUGUUAUAUUAAAAUGUUAAUUGCAAAAAAAAAAAUGUAAUGCACUUGUAUAUCACUGCUGACUUCUGUUGAAGUCUUAUAACAUUCAUCCAUAUUGCAGAUGUUGGAGCAAGUCAUGUCUUCAAAAGUUUUGUUGACAAAUACAGUAUGAUCAUGUCUUAUUUUAAAAAAAAAAAUGGUUAUUGAAAUAAAUGCCAAGUUUUAUAAA